AUGGGUUGUGCAGUGAGUAGAGAUAAGGAAGCCAUCGAGCGGUCGAAAAAUAUCGACCGAGCCCUGCGUGCCGACGGUGAACGGGCGGCCAGCGAGGUGAAGCUGCUGCUGUUAGGAGCGGGCGAGUCGGGUAAAUCGACGAUCGUAAAACAGAUGAAAAUCAUCCACGAAACCGGCUACUCGACGGAAGAAUGCGAACAGUACCGGCCGGUCGUGUAUAGCAACACCAUACAGAGCCUGAUGGCGAUCAUCCGGGCGAUGGGGCAGUUGCGGAUCGACUUCGCCGACCCAAGCAAGACUGAUAUCGCGCGCCAGUUCUUCACGUACGCCUCGGCCACCGAAGAGGGCGAGCUGACGCCGGAGCUUGUCUCGCUGAUGAAGAAGCUCUGGACCGAUCCCGGUGUCCAGCUGUGCUUCUCCCGUUCGCGCGAAUACCAACUGAACGAUUCGGCCGCCUAUUAUCUGAACUCGUUGGACCGGAUCUCUCAGCCGAACUACAUCCCCACGCAACAAGACGUGCUAAGGACGCGCGUCAAGACGACCGGCAUCGUCGAGACGCACUUUAGCUUUAAGUCCAUACAUUUCAAGAUGUUCGAUGUAGGUGGUCAGCGAUCGGAGCGAAAGAAAUGGAUACAUUGUUUCGAAGGGGUGACGGCCAUCAUCUUUUGCGUGGCACUGUCAGGAUACGAUCUGGUGCUGGCAGAGGACGAGGAAAUGAACCGUAUGAUCGAAUCGAUGAAGCUGUUCGAUUCCAUAUGCAACUCGAAGUGGUUCGUCGAAACAUCCAUCAUUCUGUUCUUGAACAAGAAGGACCUGUUCGAGGAGAAGAUUGUCCGAUCCCCGUUGACUAUUUGUUUCCCAGAAUAUAACGGUUCAAACACGUACGAGGAAGCAUCGAGCUACAUUCGGAUGAAGUUCGAAAAUUUGAACAGACGAAAAGAUCAGAAAGAAAUCUACACCCACCUAACGUGCGCUACCGACACCAGCAACAUUCAGUUUGUGUUCGAUGCCGUCUCGGAUGUGAUCAUCAAGAAUAACCUUAAGGACUGUGGGCUGUUCUAA